AGCGGCGGGACGCGGGGCCCCAGCGCGCGUCGGCGGGACGCGAGGCGCCAUGGCGGCUGCCGAGCGCCGCGCCUUCGCGCACAAGAUCAACAGAACGGUGGCUGCAGAGGUGCGCAAGCAGGUGUCCCGAGAACGCAGUGGUUCUCCCCACUCCAGCCGUCGCUCCAGCAGCUCCCUGGGGGUCCCUCUGAUGGAGGUCAUUGAGCCCCUGGACUUUGAGGAUGUGCUCCUGAGCCGGCCACCAGAUGUUGAACCUGGACCCCUCAGGGACCUGGUAGAAUUUCCAGCUGAUGACUUGGAACUGUUGCGACAGCCCCGGGAAUGCCGGACCACGGAGCCUGGGAUUCCCGAGGAUGGAAAACUGGAUGCCCAGGCGAGGGCUGCGGUAGAGAUGUACACAGAGGACUGGGUCAUCGUGUGCCGAAGGUACCAGCACCUGAGUGCCGUGUACAGCCCCAUCACCACGGAGACGCAGCGAGAGCGACAGAAGGGCCUCACCCGCCAAGUCUAUGAGCAGGAUGCCUCUGGAGAUGAGCGGUCUGGCCCUGAGGACACGGAAGACUCCCGCCGCUGCUCAGGCUCCCCAGAGGACACCCCUCGAGGCAGCGGCGCCUCCGGCAUCUUUGACCUGAGGAACCUGGCCGCGGACUCCCUGCUGCCCUCGCUGCUGGAGCGGGCAGCACCGGAGGACGUAGACCGGCGCAAUGAGGCCCUGCGGCGGCAGCAGCGGCCCCGGGCACUCCUCACCCUCUACCCCGCGCCUGAUGAGGAUGAGGCUGUGGAACGCUGUAGCCGCCCUGAGCCACCCCAUGAGCACUUUGGACAGAGGAUCCUGGUCAAAUGUCUAUCACUCAAGUUUGAGAUAGAAAUUGAACCCAUCUUUGGCAUUUUGGCCCUGUAUGAUGUGCGGGAGAAAAAGAAGAUUUCAGAAAAUUUCUACUUUGACCUGAACUCAGACUCCAUGAAGGGGCUGCUUCGGGCCCACGGCACCCACCCCGCCAUCUCCACUCUGGCACGCUCCGCCAUCUUUUCUGUGACUUACCCCUCACCUGACAUCUUCCUGGUUAUCAAGCUGGAGAAGGUUCUGCAGCAAGGGGACAUCAGCGAGUGCUGCGAACCCUACAUGGUGAUGAAGGAGGUGGACACAGCCAAGAACAAAGAGAAGCUGGAGAAGCUGCGCCUGGCCGCCGAGCAGUUCUGCACCCGCCUGGGGCGCUACCGCAUGCCCUUCGCCUGGACGGCCGUGCACCUGGCCAACAUCGUGAGCAGCGCGGGGCAGGCUGACCGCGACUCGGACUCGGAAGGCGAGCGCCGACCUGCCUGGACUGAGCGCCGCCGUCGGGGGCCCCAGGACCGAGCAAACAGCGGGGACGAUGCCUGCAGCUUCUCUAGCUUCCGCCCGGCCACACUGACUGUCACCAACUUCUUCAAGCAGGAGGCUGAACGGCUCAGUGAUGAGGAUCUCUUCAAAUUCCUAGCGGACAUGCGACGGCCAUCAUCUCUGCUGCGGCGCCUGCGCCCUGUGACCGCUCAGCUGAAGAUCGACAUUUCCCCGGCCCCUGAGAGCCCCCACUUCUGCCUGUCCCCUGAGCUGCUUCAUGUCAAGCCCUAUCCUGACCCCAGGGGCCGGCCCACCAAGGAGAUCCUGGAGUUCCCAGCUCGUGAGGUCUAUGCGCCCCACACCUGCUACAGGAACUUGCUGUACGUGUACCCGCACAGCCUCAAUUUCAGCAGCCGCCAGGGCUCUGUGCGCAACCUCGUCAUCCGCAUCCAGUUCAUGGCGGGCGAGGACCCCAGCCAGGCCCUGCCGGUCAUCUUCGGCAAGUCCAGCUGCAGCGAAUUCACCCGCGAGGCCUUCACACCAGUGGUCUAUCAUAACAAGUCCCCUGAAUUCUACGAGGAGUUCAAGCUACGACUUCCAGCCUGUGUGACCGAGAAUCACCACCUGCUCUUCACCUUCUACCAUGUCAGUUGCCAGCCCCGGCCAGGCACGGCCCUGGAGACGCCCGUGGGCUUCACGUGGAUCCCGCUGCUGCACCAUGGCCGCCUGCGGACCGGCCCCUUCUGCCUCCCGGUGUCAGUGGACCAGCCCCCACCCAGCUACUCUGUGCUCACACCCGACGUGGCGCUGCCGGGCAUGCGCUGGGUGGAUGGCCACAAGGGCGUGUUCAGCGUGGAGCUGACAGCUGCGUCCUCUGUGCACCCCCAGGAUCCCCACUUGGAUAAGUUCUUCACCCUGGUGCAUGUCCUGGAGGAGGGGGCCUUUCCCUUCCGGCUCAAGGACACCAUGGUGAGUGAGAGCACUGUGGAGCAGGAGCUGCGUACCAGCCUCACCACGCUGCGCCUCGCCAGCCCCGAGCCCCUGGUGGCCUUCUCCCACCACGUCAUGGACAAGCUUGUGCAUCUGAUCAUACGGCCCCCUGUCAUUGGCGGCCAGAUGGUGAACCUGGGCCGUGGAGCCUUUGAAGCAAUGGCCCAUGUAGUCAGCCUUGUCCACCGGAGCCUGGAGGCGGUCCAGGAUGCCCGUGGUCACUGUCCGCUGCUGGCUGCCUACGUCCACUAUGCCUUUCGCCUCCCUGGCACUGAGCCCAGCCUCCCAGGUGGGGCCCCUCUAGUGACCGUGCAGGCUGCCACACUGGCCCACGGCUCUGGCCGCCCCACAAGCCUCUACCUAGCCCGUUCUAAGAGCAUCAGUAGCAGCAACCCGGACCUGGCCGUGGCCCCUGGCUCUGUGGACGACGAGGUUUCCCGCAUCCUGGCCACCAAGGGCGUCGAUCGCUCACACUCCUGGGUGAAUUCUGCUUAUGCUCCGGGAGGCAGCAAGGCUGUGCUGCGGCGGGCGCUCCCUUACUGCGGGGCUGACCCCAGACAGGCCAUCGACCGCAGCUCUAGCCGAGCCUCUUCCUACCUCGAGGGUUCCUCCUCGGCCCCGCCGGCCACCCAGCCAAGACCCACUGUGCACAAGCUGCUUCACGAGGAGCUGGCUCUGCAGUGGGUGGUCAGCGGCAGCGCGGUUCGUGAGGCCGUCCUGCAGCACGCGUGGUUCUUCUUCCAGCUCAUGGUGAAGAGUAUGGCCCUGCACCUGCUUCUGGGCCAGCGGCUGGACACGCCCCGCAAGCUGCGAUUCCCUGGGCGCUUCCUGGAUGACAUUGCGGCCCUAGUGGGCUCUGUGGGCCUGGAGGUCAUCACCCGGGUCCACAAGGAUGCGGAGCUGGCAGAGCGCCUCAAUGCCAGCCUGGCCUUCUUCCUCAGUGACCUCCUGUCCCUAAUGGAUCGGGGCUUCGUCUUCAGCCUGGUCCGAGCUCACUACAAGCAGGUGGCCACACGGCUGCAGUCGGCCCCCAACCCAGCGACACUGCUGACCUUGCGCAUGGACUUCACCCGCAUCCUAUGCAGCCAUGAGCACUACGUGACCCUCAACCUCCCUUGCUGCCCCCUGUCGCCCCCGGCCUCGCCCUCCCCCUCCGUGUCCUCCACCACCUCCCAGAGCUCCACCUUCUCCAGCCAGGCCCCAGACCCCAAGGUGACUAGCAUGUUUGAGCUGAGCGGGCCAUUCCGGCAACAGCACUUUCUAGCAGGGCUCCUGCUGACAGAGCUGGCUCUGGCCCUGGAACCUGAGGCCGAGGGGACAUUCUUAUUGCACAAGAAGGCCAUCAGUGCCGUGCACAGCCUGCUCUGCAGCCACGACACUGACCCCCGCUAUGCUGAUGCCACCGUGAAGGCCAGGGUGGCUGAGCUGUACCUGCCGCUGCUGUCGCUUGCACGGGAUACACUGCCUCGGCUACAUGACUUUGCUGAGGGCCCAGGUCAGCGGUCAAGACUGGCCUCCAUUCUGGACUCAGACACAGAAGGUGAAGGGGACAUUGGAGGUACCAUCAACCCUUCUGUGGCCAUGGCGAUUGCUGGUGGCCCCUUGGCCCCUGGCUCCCGGACCAGUAUCUCCCAGGGGCCCACACCAGCAUCUCGCUCAGGCUGUCCCCUCUCCGCUGAGUCCAGUCGGACCUUGCUGGUGUGCGUGCUGUGGGUUCUGAAAAAUGCAGAGCCGGCCCUCCUGCAGCGCUGGGCUGCUGACCUGGCCCUGCCCCAGCUGGGACGCCUCUUGGACCUGCUCUACCUCUGUUUGGCUGCCUUUGAGUACAAGGGGAGAAAGGCCUUUGAGCGCAUCAAUAGCCUCACAUUCAAGAAGUCUCUAGAUAUGAAAGCCAGGCUGGAGGAAGCCAUCCUGGGCACCAUCGGGGCCCGACAAGAGAUGGUGCGGAGGAGCCGUGAAAGGAGCCCGUUUGGGAACCAGGAGAAUGUUCGGUGGCGCAAGAGCAUCACGCACUGGAGGCAAACCUCGGACCGUGUGGACAAGACCAAGGAUGAAAUGGAACAUGAGGCCUUGGUGGAUGGGAACCUGGCGACGGAGGCCAGCUUGGUGGUUCUGGAUACACUAGAAAUCAUUGUGCAGACAGUGAUGCUGUCAGAUGCCCGGGAGAGCGUCUUGGGUGCAGUGCUAAAGGUUGUGUUGUACAGCCUGGGGAGUGCCCAGAGUGCCUCGUUCUUGCAGCAUGGCCUGGCCACCCAGCGGGCCCUGGUGACUAAGUUCCCGGAGCUUCUGUUCGAGGAGGACACGGAGCUGUGUGCUGACCUGUGCCUCAGGCUCCUGCGACACUGCGGCAGCCGCAUCAGUGCCAUUCGCACGCACGCCAGCGCCUCGCUCUACCUGCUGAUGCGCCAAAACUUCGAGAUCGGCCACAACUUUGCCCGCGUGAAGAUGCAGGUGACCAUGUCCCUGUCGUCCCUCGUGGGGACGACCCAGAACUUCAGUGAAGAGCACCUGAGACGUUCCCUGAAGACCAUACUCACCUACGCCGAGGAGGAUGUAGGACUGAGGGACAGCACCUUUGCGGAGCAGGUCCAGGACCUGAUGUUCAACCUGCACAUGAUCCUGACCGACACGGUGAAGAUGAAGGAGCACCAGGAGGAUCCAGAGAUGCUCCUGGACCUCAUGUACCGGAUCGCCCGAGGCUACCAGGGCUCCCCGGAUCUGAGGCUGACAUGGCUGCAGAACAUGGCGGGGAAACACGCAGAGCUUGGAAACCACGCUGAGGCCGCCCAGUGCAUGGUGCACGCAGCUGCCCUGGUGGCUGAGUACCUCGCCCUGCUGGAGGACAGCCGCCACCUGCCCGUGGGCUGUGUGUCCUUCCAGAACAUCUCAUCCAAUGUGCUGGAGGAGUCCGCCAUCUCCGAUGACAUCCUGUCGCCCGACGAGGAGGGCUUCUGCUCGGGGAAGCACUUCACGGAGCUGGGACUGGUGGGUCUGCUGGAGCAGGCGGCUGCCUACUUCACCAUGGGUGGACUCUAUGAGGCUGUGAAUGAGGUCUACAAAAACCUCAUCCCCAUCCUGGAAGCCCACCGAGACUACAAGAAGCUGGCUGCCGUGCACGGCAAACUGCAGGAGGCUUUCACCAAGAUCAUGCACCAGAGCUCUGGCUGGGAGCGCGUAUUUGGAACGUAUUUCCGGGUGGGCUUUUACGGCUCCCGCUUUGGGGACCUGGAUGAGCAGGAGUUUGUGUACAAGGAGCCAUCGAUCACAAAGCUGGCGGAGAUCUCACACCGGCUGGAGGAGUUCUACACCGAGAGGUUCGGGGAUGAUGUCGUGGAGAUUAUCAAAGACUCUAAUCCCGUGGACAAGUCCAAGCUCGAUCCACGAAAGGCCUAUAUCCAGAUCACAUACGUGGAGCCACACUUUGACACCUACGAGCUCAAGGACCGUGUGACCUACUUCGACCGCAACUACGGGUUGCGCGCCUUCCUGUUCUGCACGCCCUUCACGCCCGACGGGCGCGCGCAUGGCGAACUGCCGGAGCAGCACAAGCGCAAGACGCUGCUCAGUACAGAGCACGCCUUCCCCUACAUCAAGACGCGCAUCCGCGUGUGCCACCGGGAGGAGAUGGUGCUGACGCCAGUGGAGGUGGCCAUCGAGGACAUGCAGAAGAAGACACGGGAGCUGGCUUUUGCCACAGAGCAGGACCCUCCAGAUGCUAAGAUGUUGCAGAUGGUGUUGCAGGGAUCCGUGGGUCCCACUGUGAACCAGGGUCCCUUGGAGGUAGCACAGGUGUUUUUGGCAGACAUCCCAGAAGACCCUAAACUCUUCCGGCAUCAUAACAAACUUCGGCUGUGUUUCAAGGACUUCUGCAAGAAGUGUGAGGACGCACUGCGGAAGAACAAGGCCCUGAUUGGGCCGGACCAAAAAGAGUACCACAGAGAACUGGAGCGCCACUACUGCCGCCUACGGGAGGCUCUUCAGCCCCUCCUUACCCAGCGCCUGCCCCAGCUGCUGGCACCCACCCCAGCCAGUCUCAGGAACUCACUGAACAGAGCAAGUUUCCGAAAGACAGAUCUCUGAGCCCAGAGGACCUGAAUCCACAACCAGGCCUCAGCUGCCUGCGCCUUCACUGGGAGUCACUCCUACCACCCCGUGGUUCACAGGGUGACCACACUGUACCCGGGACUGGGCCCUCUGUCCCUGUCUGUCCGUUCCCAUCUGUGUACACUAAUGCCUAAUACCUUUUUUAAUUUAAAAUGUUUUUUUUUUAAUAUGCAACUUGUGUGAUGUGGUCCCUGGGGGUUGGGUCAAGUGUAUGCAGUCAUCCCCUGCAUCCACAGGUCCUGAGACAUCCGUUGAGACACUGAGAUCCCUGGGACACUGGUGACAACAAACACAAAUGCCUGCACUGGGGGAGCUGACAUUCUGGCAGGGAAGGUGACACACAGAUAAUGCACAAGUCCACUGGGAAUAACUGUAAAAUGUAUUAAGCCUUUACCAAGUGCUAAGCUCUACAAUGAAUGGCUUUUAGAAAGUUCUACACACAAGUAGUCCGCCUACAGCACUUGCUUAGCAUGCUUAAAUGCCUGGAUUCCAUCUCCAGUACCGCA